AUGGACAGUCUUGGUCUGCAGGCCCGAGCGGCGGGCAACAUGUCGCCGGAGGCUGCUUUUGCAUGGGCCAUCAUGCAGAGGGCCUCAGGUGGCUCGUCCUCGUCCUCCACCUCCAGGACUUCUACUAAGGCCUCGCGAUCGCUUCAUAGCAUGGGCCCAGGUGAGGCCGGGGUGUUUGCAAACGCCGCAACAGUGGAGCUUUGCAUCGCAUCCGCCUGCCUGGGCUUGGCAGGUCGUGAACUAAAUCGCCGAAGACGACGUCGAACUACUCGGCAGGCUAUGGGCAAACUCGUGCGACCACCGCUGCCGCCGUACAUGCAAGCAGAUAGCCAGGCGCUGCUGCCUUCCACCUCCCAGGACAUCUACGUUCACCCAGCUUCUCGUGGGGUGGAACAUGCUUUGACGAGCGAUUCACUCAGGACGCUGUGCAAAGCCCUGGCGUCGGCAUCCGGUUCAUUCUUGUCGAAUCCGGAGAGAGGGCUCGACAGAACUCGAAGACCGAAGAUGGAUCCGACCUUGACAAUCAGGGCGUUGCUUCGAUACAGCGAGUUGCGACAUACAUCUGGUGACGAUUUGCAGCCCCAAGACUACCUCGGCGAAAGCGGCCAGGGCCUUCGAGCUUUACUCAAGCACUGCCGGAACUACCAGCUGGAGGUGGCAUCUGCUCUGGAGUCUCGAGAGGAGGACACGGUUCGGAUGAUCCGGGCAUUCCACGACCAGGUGGAUUUGGUGAAGAAGUAUCUGCCCUUUUUCCGCACGACCAUCGAGAGGUCCUUUCCUGCGCUCCUCAGGCAGAGCGUGGAGCCGAUGCCCCGGCUGAUCAGCUUCCUGGAUUCCUUUGGCGAGGUGCAGCUGAGCUUCCUGUACGAAGCUGCAAAAGACAAAGUCUUCAAGGCGCGCUUCAGCGAGAUGCAGCCACGCCACCUCCUUGAGGUCACGGACAAGUGGGUCAGCAAAGCUCGCAGUGGCGAGCUGGCCAUCGUACAGUCGCACAAGGCCAAAGUGGUGGUGCGGCAUGUCGCCAGCCUGGACAUCUCGCUGCCCCCGCAAGAGAGGGCGGUCUGGAUGAGCCUGGCAAUCUGGGGCUCAGUUCUCGAGACGUCGCCAGAAGUGGAGCUGAUCGAGGACCGCAUUCGCAAAGGUGCCUUGACUCGCGGCGAUCCGGUGGAGAUGCUUUCUUUGGCAGAGGGCAUGAGUGACAUUCAUGGCUUCAGUGGUGAGAUGUUUGACAUGAUACAGGCCCCGAUCAAUCAGGCCAUGCUGCGCAUGGGCCCAGAGAGGGCAUCGCAGGCAUUGGCCUCGCUGACCUUCAGAACAGGCUAUCUCAAAAAGCCUGCUGACAAGGCACUGGCUCGCCUUCUCAAGCCAGAAAGACUCGUAAAGAAAGUUUACAAAUGGAAAAGAGGAGAUGACCGGUACUUCCCAAAAAUAAAGAAGAAGGAUCCUCCGAAGCCAAAGAAGCCGAAGGAGGCUCUUGCCGGUCUGAUCGUCAAGGUCCUAGGCUUUUUCACCGAGAACAUGCCCUUGACUGCUUUGGAGUACGUCCUUGCCAAGUGGGUGCGGAAGAAUUUCCGCCUGGAGGCAUGCUACGAGGUGGCCAGUGACCACCUCUUUCGCAUCAUUGCUGGAGAGGAAAACCUCGUGGAUCCAGAGACAAACGAGGAGGACGUUCUGGUUCCGCCGGGUUCUUUCGCCAGAUGCGGCCAGCACUUGGUCGGACUAGGUUUGCCGGGCUACACCUUUGCACCUGCGGUGGAUUGGCUCCUCUGCCACCAGGUCGGCUGGACGGAGAAGAAGGCCUUCCCUGAAGAAGUCGUCGCACAGGAUGCAGCCUCGCUCGAGGAUGCGACGAAGCGGAGGCGCGCUGCCGCAACGAAGCUUGUGGAGUCCUCUCUUCCUUUGCUCAGCCAUUUGUGGCCUGACCACACGUUGGAAGGAGAAGCCGAGGAUGCCAGCAUGGAGAAGUUCUCAUUGCAAAAUGCGGACGAGCUGCUGCGGCUCGUCGGGCGAACAGAGGACAGAAAUGGCAGAAAGCGCAAGGCAGACGUGGCAGCAGACGAGCUGGUAGAGCGCCUUUCAACGCAGCUGAUGUUCGAUGAUCUCCCCCAGAAGGCCGAGACGGCCAUGCGUUGUGCAUGGCGAGAAGAUCAGCCUGAAACCUCGCUUAGCACAUUAGUGGCACCUCUGCUGCUCGAGGCAGCGCACAUCGGUGCGGAAAGAGGCAUGCCAGAGCAGCGGCCCGUUGGGGUUCUGUCGCGGUCUGUGUCGCUGCUAGCCCAAGCCAUCAAUAUGGAGGAGCUUAGUCUGGAAUCCGCCGAGUGGGCGUUGAUUCCCUUUGAAGCCGCAGAAAGCAGCGGCGAAGCUGUCUCACUGGUGGCUGCCUCCUGUGCUGUCGGUGGCGUGCCAGAGGACAUCAUGGCCGAAACCUGCACAGCUUGGUUGGACUUGGGCUGCGAGCCGGGAAGAAUCGGACACCAGCUUGCUCGGACUGCCUUGCAGGUGUGGGAACGGGAAGGAGUUCGAGACAAAGGCCUGGCACAGCUCCGAAAGGCGCGUAGCUAUUUGGAAGCCCAGCUGGACAAGAUGGCAGAUACACAAGUCAACUACGGCAGCCAUGGCACGACUGGGUACAGCUGUCCACCUCUGGCGCUUGCUGUGGAGGAUCUGGUGCAGCCCUCGACUCCAGACUGCCACCCCAAUCGCCUUCGCCAUUCGCAGCACGCCGCCUUGAUGAUGUCUGCAAUGUCCAUGGACCAGCUCUGGCGGACGUCUACCCGCCACCAUGCACCCCGCCGAUACAAAGCGUACAUGAGACUGCUUUCCACCCUCAUGGAGCUGGAGUGCAUCGCAGCAUUCAGCGGUUGCUUUCCUGGUGGGUGGGAGCACGAAGCCAGAGUCUCGAACAGAGCUUGCGACUUUUUCCGGACAGAAGUGUCGAACGUGCUUGCUAUUGACAACGAGACUGAAGCACGGACUGCAUAUCAGCAGGCUGGUAUCAACGCGAUCGUGGACGAAUCCAGCUUAGCGGCUCACCCAUGCUACGGCCAUAACCUCCAAGUCGGCCAUACAGCCAAGUAUGAGGAGCACAUAUCCCUGAGGGUGAUGGCGCUCGCCUUGGGCAUCAAUCUUGACAAGACACGCAGCUACUGGAUCCCCUCUUGGGAUACACAUGUCGAGCUCACUGGUGUACCUUGCGACACGACGCAUUCGCUCUGGCGGCAUCUCGCCUUGCUUGCGCCUCUGCAAGUGAAUGCAGAAGGAUGGGUUGUGAACGUGGGUGCUGGCGAUGGCUCGUGUGCCCAUGGAGCAGCCCGCGAAGUCUUCCAAGAUCUAGAUGUCUUCAAGGCUGUUGAUCCAGCGAACUGCUUGCUGCAUGCAGGCUUUCAGGGCAUUCUCUUUGAAGGUGAUUCCGAGAAGGCUGAACAUGUGCGGCAGGUGUUUGCCAAAAGGGAAGGCAUUUGGGUGGUCGACAAUACAACAAAUCCGUUUAAGGUGCUGAAGCAGGUUGUGGCUUAUCGUGAUAGCUUCGAUCUGCGAACGCAGCCUUUACUCUUGAAAGUCGAUGUCGAUAAUUGCGACUGCUGCUUCGUCAUGGCUCUGCUGGAGAGAGGUUUGCGGCCUCAACAUAUACACGUCGAGGUCAACUCCUUCGUUCCUCCGCCCAUCUUUUUCCGACCGGUGGAAUUCGACCACUCCAUACAAGGAGACUCAACGCUUGAAAUUGGUCCUGAAAGCAGCUUCAGGGGCCACAUGGUACAUUGUUCACUUGCUGCCUUUGCUGAGCAGCUGGAGCCGUUUGGCUACAAGCUGGUGCAACUGUACUUGCAUGAUGCUCAUUUCGCUCGACAGGAUGUGGUACAAGGGGAUGUCGGCGAAGCAGGAACAUCCCGACAGCUUUGGUACGCGAUUGAAGAUUUGGAACUGGCAUGGAAUGCGGGCUUCUACUGCCAUCCACUUCGACCUACCCAGCCCCUUGAGGUGGAAUACAAGAGGAUGUUCCUUUACGACUACCGUCAGUGGAAUGACAAGUCACUUUCCGUGGAGCUGCGUCUACGUUUGCUGAGAGAGUACUUGGACCGCUGGCAGAAGCCGCGGAGCAGCUACGAGCUGCGAGUCGUGGGAAUUCCCGCCCGAACGGCCUCAUCCCUUCGGGGCGCUUUGGGUGGUCUGGCGGUUUUGCUCGAUGCGAUCGAUGGAAAACCUCCAUCCUUGUCUGAGCUUGCUAGAGCUAAAGAGGCAAUCUUAGCUGAAUUGGGCGGAAAAGGAAUGGCAGCCUUGGCCGAUGCCGUGGCACUGUCCUGGUCCAUGGCCAUGCCUGGCUUGCGUCCCGCAGUGGCCGCACUGCACUUCGAGCAGUGGUGGAACGGUCAAGAAAGCCGACAAGAGUUGGUUGCUCAAAUUGCUGGCUCCGGACUACAGGAGCUGUCUUGGAACUUAAGUCUCAAGCUCAAAGCCACCUUUGCCAACCAGAAGCCCACGGAAUACGCAUCUCCAGCUUGGCGAGUGGAGGGCGUUCAGAAAGUCACUUGGUUUGUCCCAUCUGGAGUCGUGAAGGAAGCAAGCAAGGUAAAUCCAGUUGGCUUGAAGAAAGAUCGGAAGAAGCCUCCAGGCUUUAUCGGGUCGAAGACCGCAAAGAAGGGCGCCGAGGAGAAAAGCGGUGGACGGUGCAUGUACUGUGGCAGCACCCACAAGCUGCGGGCGAAGCACUUCUUUCCGACAGAACUCGGCGGAACGGACUAUGUCUCCAAUGUCUCGAUGGUCUGCGAGCUUUGCUCAGACAUGCACGAAGCACUGGGCCCGAAAAGGUGGGGUGAAGUGCUGUCUGCAGAACCAGAAGAGGCCGCGGAGGUUUGGUGGGAGGCGCAAAAGAAGGCCAGCAUUGGUACAGUAGCCAUGGCGAACUUCAUGGAUGAGCUAGCUACAGGUUCUCGUCGCACAUGGCGGGAUCUGUGCAAGAAGGAGACACCCACGGUGGGGUCUGAUGGCAUGCUGAAGGGCAUUUGGAGGGAGGCGGUCAUUGCGGCGGUUGCUUGUGAAAAGGCAGGCAAAGCCGGAAGAUUUGCGGAUGGCCCGGCGGGUCAAGUCUUGGACUACCUGCUGGAGCGCGGCUUCAACAAGUUCUUUACAAAUGCGGAGCAGACGGAGGAAGCAGCGCAUGCCGGUCGGAUUCGUCCAUCCAUGGCGCCAUCCGGUGCAGGAGCGGCCAUCGACUCGUGGUCCGGGGGUGGCAAGCCGCAUGAGUAUCGCCCAGGGAAGGAUGAUGGCAAGAAGCCCGGCUCCGGUGAUCUUCAGAUCAGGUGUGGCAACUGUGGCAAUGUCUACGGUGUUGCAGUGCCGCCAGGCACUGCGCCCGGUGCCACCGUGCAAGCGAGGUGUCCGCAUUGCGGCACCACCAACCAGGCUGCGAUGCCACACGGCGGAGGUUCUCCAAGCAGCCCAAUGAAAUUCACAGGUGGAGGAGCACCUCCUCGACCCUCAGGCCGUCAGAAAGCCUUGUUGAUCGGAGUGAACUACUUUGGCACACGAGCCGAGCUGCGAGGUUGCAUCAAUGAUGUCCACAACUUGUUCCGCCUCCUGACAGAGACCUACGGCUGGCAGGCUCACAACAUCAGAACACUUACCGACGAUGGCCGCGGUGGGGGAAUGCCCACGCGCCACAACAUCACUCAACACCUCCGUUGGCUUGCAGAGGAUGCCAUGCCAGGGGACGUGCUGUUCUUCAGCUUCUCGGGCCACGGGGCCCAGAAAGAAGAUCCGCAAGGCUUUGAGGAGGAUGGCAUGAACGAAACGAUCCUUCCCGUCGAUUUCGAGCAUGCUGGAAUGAUGACCGACGACGAAGUCAGUGACUACAUCGUCAAACCCCUGCCAGAAGGAGUCAGGCUGACGAGCGUGAUGGACUGCUGCCACAGUGGCAGUGGCUUGGAUCUUCCGUUCACUUGGGAUCCACGACGGGGCAUGUGGCGUGAAGCUGUGAAUCCGUUCCUUUGUAGAGGCGACGUUCUCAUGUUCAGUGGUUGUGAAGAUGACGACACAUCUUCGGAUGCAGCCUCCAUGUAUGCAGCACCUGGAGGUGCAAUGACGACAGCUUUCUGUGAUGUGCUUCGCAGAAACCCUCGCCCGAUAUACCCAGAGCUGUUGCAACUCCUCCAUCGACACCUCAGCAUGGGUGGCUUUUCGCAGCGGCCGGUGCUGAGCUCUUCGCAGCAGUUCUCGCUCGAUCGGCCAUUCUCUUUCGAUGACAUCCAUCCGAACAUGAACAGCCAACUUGGUCGCAUCUUCAGACAGCGCUUCCCACCGAGGCCUCGGCCAAUGAGUGGGCCGCUUGCAGACAUGCUUGGGCCCUUGGGCAUGCUGGCAGGUGGUUUGGUUGUCGGCGCCCUCGCUGGAGAAGCCCUCGAAGGUGGUGUCGGACUGCUGGGAGCUCUGUUUGGGUAG